ACACACACAUAUACACCCACACACACACACCAGGGCUGGUGUCAGUCGUGUUCCGUUAGCUCGUGUGAGAAGUCAGAGAGAGAGAGUGAAAUGGAGAAGUGGCUACAGCGUCAGCGACUUUCCGUCUUCUUCUUCAUCACCUUUUUCUUCCCAGCGUGCGGCGAUGUGCUCUAUCUCAACACGACUAACGCCUCCUCCAUCCAGUUCUCCUGUGUGUUUGAUCUAUAUGAAGAACAUAAACCCUUUGCCUUCACUCUGAGACGGGAAUGGAUUCAAGCUCAAGAUGUGCUUUAUCACAACUUCGCCACUGAUGCUGACGUUAAAGACUCCACGUUUGUGGGUCGCAUCGGCGAUCGUCUGGUCAACAAAGCAGUCGAUGUGAACAUCACAGAUCUGCAGGGCUUCGACACCGACCGGUACAUCUGUGUGUUCCACUACCAGACAACUGCAGGCUUUCACAACCAAUCAGGGAGGGACAAGAUCGUCCUGUACGUCAAAGAUGUCUCGUUGGGUGAUAUGAUUUAUCUCCACAAAACUAACGGCUCCUCCAUCCAGUUCUCCUGUGUGUUUGAUCCAUAUGAAAAACAAGCACCCUUUGCCUUCACUCUGAGACGGGAAUGGAUUCAAGCUCAAGAUGUGCUUUAUCACAACUUCACCACUGAUGCUGACGUUAAAGACUCCACGUUUGUGGGUCGCAUCGGCGAUCGUCUGGGCGAUAAUACAGUCGAUGUGAGCAUCACAGAUCUGCAGGGCUUCGACACCGACCUGUACGUCUGUGUGUUCCACUACCAGACAACUGCAGGCUUUCACAUCCAAUCAGUGAGGCACAAGAUCGUCCUGUACGUCAAAGAUGUCUUUCCGUGUACCUCCUACACACCACUGCUGUUCGCUCUGUCUGCAGGAGUAGGACUGCUCUUCUUCAUCGUCAUCAUCAGUGUAGUGCACUUGAUGAAGCCCUGUAGCAGAGGGCAGAUGAAGCCUCAGAACCCAGUCCCCAUCUAUGAGGAGAUGAACGGCGUGAGAGAGAAACCGAGCUCUAGGCUGCAGGAGGACGACGUGUCGUCUCUCUACUGUAAGCCAAGAAAAGAGAAUCCCUACAUCAACUGAGCGGUGACCUUUGACCUUACACGAGCCCUUUGGAACCUUUAACUCACAAUUCUAAAUUUAUUAAAACUGUUCAAAACUCAACAGUGUUUAAUAUUAAACCCUCAGACAGACGCAGAGUCCCGAAAACAUCCAAAUUGUCAUCAUAAAUUACUCCUUAAAUGUCUUUAUAUACAGUUCAUUUAUAUAUUAUAAUUAUAUUGAUACAUAUUUAUAUGUAUGUAAAUAAUAAUAAUUAUAAUAAUAAUUAUAAUAAUAAUAAUAUAUAAAAUACAUAAUAAUAAUAAUAAUAAUAAUAAUAAUAGUUUUUAUGCAUUGAACAAAAACAGAUCUUUAAGUGAACCACAGAAUAAAGAUUUAAUACAUUUAUAUUUUUAUAUUUUAUAUUUUAUAUUUUAUCUUUUACAGAAAUUUAUUUACCUUUUUAAUCAUUUAAAACUUGAUGACUUUUUUAAAAUCUUUUUUUUCAUUCAUUUUUCAUCAUUUGAAUAUAUAUAUAUAUAUAUACUGUAUAUAUGCAGCGGAAAAACAUAUUACUUUUUAAAUCAUUUUAAAUAUUUUCUUUUCUUGUGAUGUAAAAAAAAAUCUAACUCGAUUGUGCGGCGUUCAGAAAGGUGAUGGAAUCAAAACUGUAAACAGGACGUGAGCGAGUGACAAACCGGUCACACCCAUGAGAGAAACGUACGUGUGUGUGUGUGUGUGUGUGUGUGUGUGUUGUAGUUCAUCUCAUCUAUUUAUUUACUUUCAGUUACUUGAAGUCUCCAGUUUUAUCAGUUUUAUAUUUUUUCUUCCUCGUGUGUCGACACCAGUCAGCGUGAGAGAUAGAGAGAGAGAGAUAGAGAGAGAGAGAGAGAGAGAGAGAGAGAGAGAGAGAGAGAAACUGUCGUCACUUCUUUCCUGUAUUGCUGCUUAUGAAAUGACAUCUUGUGUAACUGUUUAAAGUUGUUACUCCUCUAUAACGAUAUAAAAAGCAUUAACUAAAGCUUCAUUACAUCUUUUGCAUUUUGUUUAAUCUUCAAAUUAAUGCUGUGUUUAAAGAAAGAAAUAAACAGUGUGUUAUUAACGAAA